CCACCGACCGUUACGGAUUUCAAAAGGACUCCCAACCGUCCACUCACCAUAUGGGCCCCACCGCCGCCACCGCAGCGGCUUCUCCCGCCGCGCUUCUCCCGCCGCGGAGCUUCGGCUUCUCCUCCACUCCCCCACAAUUCCACCUGAGAACGAUCAAAACCCCUUCCUCCUCCUCCUCCUCCUCCUCCUCCUCCUCCCUCUCUACUUCUCCGCGGAGGAGAAGCAAACCAUGGGAAGGAGAAGCGAUUCGUAGAGGGAGUUGGAGAGGUGUGAUGCGUUCCUCUUCUACGUCUUCUUCUUCUUCUUCUUCUUCUCCGGCGACGGGGCUUCCGGCGGCUCUGCUCUUCGACUGCGACGGCGUGCUCGUCGACACUGAGAGGGACGGCCACCGCAUCUCCUUCAACGAGACCUUCGCUGAGAAGGAAUUGGGUGUUAGCUGGGAUGUAGAACUGUAUGGUGAAUUGCUCAAGAUAGGCGGCGGAAAGGAGAGAAUGACGGCAUAUUUCAACAAGACGGGUUGGCCAGCUAAAGCGCCGAAGACCGAAGAAGAAAGGAAGCAGUUUAUUGCUUCACUUCACAAGAGGAAGACGGAACUAUUUAUGUCCCUUAUUGAGAAGAAGCUACUUCCUCUUCGUCCUGGCGUUCAAAGGCUGAUUGAUGAAGCUCUGGCAAAGGGAGUAAAAGUUGCUGUAUGCAGUACUUCCAACGAGAAGGCGGUUUCCGCCAUAGUAUCUUUCCUGUUAGGCCCUGUGCGAGCAGAGAAGAUAUUAAUCUUUGCUGGAGAUGUGGUUCCUCGUAAAAAACCUGAUCCUGCCAUCUACUUAUUAGCAGCCAACACUCUUGGGGUUGAUCCAUCCAGUUGCGUCGUAGUAGAGGACAGUACGAUAGGACUUGCAGCAGCCAAAUCCGCUGGUAUGAAGUGCAUAAUUACGAAAAGCGGUUAUACAGCUGAAGAGGACUUUGCGGCUGCUGAUGCAGUAUUUGACUGCAUCGGUGAUCCUCCGGAGGUGCGGUUCGAUUUAGGCUUUUGUGCUAAUCUCCUCCAAAAGCAAUAUGUUAGCUGAUAAAUAUAGAUAUGACCUCCAAAAAAAGAACCCCACCCAGCUACAAAAAAAAUACAAAGAUAUGCAGGGCAUAUUUGUAUCUUUGCCAAAUUAUAAAAUUUCUGGACAUGAAAUAUUCA